GUGGCAAGCAGCAACAGUCGCCAAUUGGCAGUCGAUUGAGUGACUUCCCUGAAUGUGAAAUGGAUAUCGAAUACGCCGUGGAGAACGCUCACGAUGAGAACAUAUUGACUAGCGUGUUGCCGCUGGACAAGGAGCUGAACUUGUCGUGUAUGCUCUCGCUGCUGACACUUCAACCAUAUCCGGAAGAAGAUAAUUUCCACUGUGACGACGAGAUGAUGCGUAUGCGAGAACAACUGUUGAUCCUCAAGCAGGAGGUGGAUGCUCUCGAUCAUCGUGACGAUGACUACUAUCAGAAGAAGGAACUUUUAAUCUAUAAGAUAUUCUGUGAAUUUCGCAGCAUCAGCUAUGAACAUGACUGCGACGAUGGCUUGCAAGAGAUUGCUGAGGAAUACGAAGAACAGUAAACUCACAAAUUGACAUUGAAACGCAGUUGAAAUAAAGCGCAAAACAAAUCUCAA